UGGGGUGGGGUAGGGGAUUUACUCUAAAAUAGAAGCUCUCCUGAUGGCAUAUUCCUGGACAUUCCUGAGGACUCCUUGAUCAUUAUCAGUGCCGAUGUUCUAAUGGUUCCACUCUGGCAGAAGACAAAGACUUAAUGACUAGUUCUGCACAAUAACCAGUUCAGAAUAAGGAGCCAGACCAACUGUGACUCCCAGCCCUGCCUGCCUUCUUCUCUGAACCAAUAAUGGUAGCUUCAUAAUGACUGUGAUCAAAUCUCUGUUGUAUAUGAGGGUCAUACCCCUGCUACACUGGCUUGGAGUGUUUCUGUUUCUUACAGGACACACUCAGGCCGAGAACCUUCGAUAUCACAGUCCCCCAGAAGUGGUAAUUCCCUUGAAGAUAACUGGCACUGGCAGAGGCAUGAAGCCUCCAGGUCGGCUGUCUUACAGCUUGCAUUUAGGGGGUCAGAGACACGUUUUCCACAUGAAGGUCAAGAAACAUCUGCUGUCCAGACACCUCCCAGUGUUCACCUACUCAGAAGAGGGUGCUCUCCUGAAGGACCAACCUUUUGUCCAGAACGACUGCUACUAUCAUGGUUAUGUGGAGGGGGACCCAGAAUCCCUUGUUGCCCUCAGUACCUGUUUUGGUGGCUUUCGAGGAUUAUUACAGAUAAAUAAUGUUGUUUAUGAAAUUAAGCCCAUGAUUUUUUCUACCAAAUUUGAACACCUGGUGUAUAAAAUGGAGAGUGAAGAGACCCAGUUACCAAACAUGAAAUCUGGUUUUAUGCAAGAGGAAACUGUAGAGCAAUUUGAGUUUCAAGAGACUGAUAAUUUUACUCUGAAACAAAGUAAUUAUGAAGGCUGGUGGAUCCACUCAUUCUUUAUUGAAAUGGCAGUGGUGGUGGACUAUACUCUAUAUAAUUAUUUUAAAAAGAAUGUCUCAAAGGUGAAAGAGGAUUUAUUUACUAUUGUAAAUAUUGUGGAUUCCAUUUAUCAGGUAAUGGGUAUGAAGGUGUUACUAAUUGGUUUGGAGUUCUGGACUCAAAGAAACCUUGUUGAAAUAGAUGCUGUACAGAGAGCUCUGAGAGAUUUUUGCGUCUGGAAGGCUAAUAACAUUGAUGCUCGCAUAGCACAUGAUACUACACAUAUUUUUAUGCAUAAGACAUUAAGAGGACUAAGUGGUAUAGGCUUUAUCAGAGGAAUGUGCAGACCACACUUCAGUUGCGCAGCUGUUACUUUUGCAAACAAAACCUUGGUCAUUAUUGGAAUUGCAGUGGCUCAUCAUUUAGGUCAUAAUUUGGGAAUGACCCAUGAUACUAUAUUGUGUGUGUGUUCAGCAGGUUACAAUAGAUGUAUAAUGCGUCAUGACAACCCACCAAUAGCCAAGUUUAGCAACUGUAGUUAUUCUUUUUUUUGGGGAUAUGCUAUAAAGAAGGCAAAAUGUUUGCGGUACACUAUAUAUACAAAGGACAUAUUUUCAAGGAAGCGCUGUGGAAAUGGUGUUGUUGAAGAAGGAGAAGAGUGUGACUGUGGAUCUUUACAGCAGUGUUUAAAAGAUGCCUGUUGUCUGACAAAUUGCAGUCUGAGUUUUGGGUCUGUUUGUGCUUUUGGGCUUUGUUGCAAGGACUGCAAGUUCUUACCAUCAGGAGAAAUGUGUAGGAAGGAGGUCAAUGAAUGUGAUCUUCCAGAGUGGUGCAAUGGAUCAUCCCACAUGUGCCCAGAUGAUGUAUAUGUAGAGGAUGGAAUUCCCUGUAAUGACAUUUCCUACUGCUAUGAAAAGAGAUGUAAUGAUCGCAAUGCACACUGUAGGCAGAUUUUUGGCCAAACGGCAAAGAAUGCAAACGACAGUUGCUACAGACAAAUAAACACUCAAGGUGACCGUUUUGGUAACUGUGGAACCGAAGGCCCUACAUAUUUAAAAUGCAAUAUGUCGGACAUCUUCUGUGGAAGAAUUCAGUGUGAUAAUGUGGCAGAAAUUCCUGUUCUGACAGAGCAUUCUACAAUGCAUGGAACUCGCUUUAACAGUGCCACCUGCUGGGGUACAGACUACCAUUUUGGGAUGGGCAUACCUGACAUUGGUGAAGUGAGGGAUGGCACAGAGUGUGGCCCAGAGCAUGUCUGCAUCGGAAGGAAGUGUGUCCAUAUCUCUCGCUUGGAUAGUAAUUGUUCCCCUACGUUCUGUAACAUGAGGGGGAUCUGCAACAAUAAACAUCACUGCCACUGCAACUAUAAGUGGGACCCUCCCAAUUGCGUAAAACGAGGCGACGGAGGUAGUGUUGACAGUGGCCCACCCCCUAAGAGAAAGAAAAUACCCAAGAUUUACGUGGCAAUAGCAUUAUUUAUUGCAUUGUUAAUUUUAUUAUGUUGUCUUCUGUUGCUUUGUAUGAGGAAAAAGCCUAAGGAAAAAAAGAGAAAAAAUCAGCCUCAAGAGGAAAAUCCAAAGCAAAAAACUCCGAGUCGACAUGGGAAAUAAAAACAGUUACUACCAAAAAAAUGUAUCUGAAUAGAUAUGCAUUAAAAACAUAACUCCUAUAA